AUGAUUGUCGCUCACGCUCCAAAAACUUAUUUCGGUUCAGGAGAUAUACAAAAAUCAUUCGGUUCUCAUCCUGGAUUUCCAUGGGCGAAAUAUCCCGGAGAAAAACAUCUUCCCGGUCACAAUUACACAGGUCCAGGCACAAGGUUAGAUCUGCGAUUAGACGAAAACGAUAAACCCAAACCAGGGGAAGAACCAGUCAAUAGAGUUGACGCCACUGCGCUUAAACAUGAUAUUUUAUACAGAAACAAAGACAUAAAGUUUAGACACGAAGCAGACAAACAAAUGAUAAUCGAACUUGAAAAUAUUCCAAAUCCAACUUUCAAAGAGAGAAUGGAAAGAGCAUUAAUCAUUAAACUGUUGAAAGCAAAGAUGAAAUUAGCAUAUACAGUUUCCUCCUGUUACAUCCGCUGUACAUUCCCUUCUAACCCCAACUACAACAACCACUGGCAAGAAGCCAGACAUAGAAACACUAAUCGUCAACCAAACCAAUAUCACGUACCCUACAACGGCCCUGUCUUCCAUCGACCUCUACCACCUACCAAUCGCCGACCACCAACCAACCCAUCCAGCUAUAUCCCACACCAUCGCCGACCUACCUACAACACAGCCUACCAAUCAAGAGGUAACCAUCGACCUGACCAACAACAGAAAAGACUACCAGCCCACCGACGCCAACCAGUCCCCACUCAUAAGGAGGAAGAACCCUUUGUGAAGGUGUUCUUCCAAGUUUUGCAGUCCCUCCAUCAUUUGGCAAUCCUUACCCUUCAACAGCAAGGCCAACCAGCGUUUACCUUCAAACGCAAAGUCUCUGAGUUGGAUAGUUUUAUCCGUCCAGCAAUGAAAACAUCAGCUGUCGACGCGAAUAUUAGAUCCCUCAUUCGGACAUGGCUCUAUAAGGUUACGCAAGUCCUGAUCGACCAUUACCAAACCACACUUCAAGAGAAGCUGACCACCAUUCGUACCAAGUCUUUAUCAUCACCUGCCGUCGACCGCAUCGUUUCUCAUGCCCUGUCCUGGGCCCGUCGCUCCUAUGGGAAACGUCUCACUCAAGCUCUAAUCUCCAAAUUCUACCAAACAAUCAACGAAACAAAAACCAGGGUAACCAUAUCUCUACCAACUGAAAUGGACACUACACCUGCACCAUCUAGAGCCACCACGCUGCCGAACCAAACCCCUAAACGAGCCCGAAGUUCACCUACUCCUAGUCCAGCAGACAUAGAUAAAAUCUCGAAGAAAGCACAACAGAACCUCAGCACUCUCAACAACAUGAUGAUGGAGUCCAGUAUCAACAGCGCAACAAUCUUACCACCCUACGAAGAAGAAUUCGAACCAGUUGAUAAUCUUCAUUGGUCUCCAGAAACAGCAUCUAUUUGUUUUGGAUACACCAGCUUCAAGCAUCGAGGUUGGUAUUAUUUAUAUCAUUACAUUAAAGAAAUGGUUGAAGAAGAAUGGUAUGAAACUACUAGAAUGGUUCCCAAACAUACGGAAAAACAAAACGUAGAAAAAGUUUACUCGCAUACUCAACCUUUUAAAAGAUAUGUUAUCAGACAAAGUAUUAAAGGAGGAAGAGUUUCGGCAAAUCGAAAAUCAUUUGAAACGGAUAAAAUGAAUGAGAUCUGCGCCAUAUUAAAAGAAUACAAUGAAAAUGACACUGAAGGAAUAAUAGAUUUAUUCAAAGAAUACAGUGUUAACCCAAAAGAUAAAACGGAAGUUCACGCUAAACUCAAAGAACUGGACUAUUCUAAACUGAUGGCAUUUGACGCUAAUGGGUUGUACGCUUCCGCCAUGACAGAAGGUGAAUAUCCUAAAGCGGAAAGUGCAAGAGCGUUUCUACCAGAAGAAGAAAAAGAAUUUGUAAAACUCUUCAAUAAACAAAAAUUCAGACCUAGAACUGCUAUUUUAAAAGUCUGGUUUGAAUAUCCCAAAAACAUGUUCUUUCAACCCAUACCAGCUAAAGAUAAAAUAACUUUUACGAAUAGAAUAGGUCAGAAGGAAACUGGGAGUAAAAUCAGGUUCAGAAAUGGUUUCUGUCACGACGUUUUAACAUCGGUUGAUAUUCAAGAAAUAGUGAAAUCCGGUGGUAAAAUUAUUAGAAUAUUAGAUGGUAUAGUUUACGAAGAAAAUUUUAAAACUCCACCAUACAGAGAUUAUAUUUUAAUUUUGAAGGAAUUAAGGAAUAAAUACAAAAAAGAAGGAGAUAUGGUUGCUAGUAAUUGCAUGAAAUUAUUAGGUAAUUCCUUAUACGGUAAAACUAUUCAGAAGGAUAUAAAUACAUCGGGACAUCUAUGGAGUGAAGCGACUUUUAAAGCCAACUUCGAUUCACACGUCAACAGCUAUGAAAAAGUAAAUGAGACCCAAUAUAUCGUUCAGAUUAAUGACGAAGUAAAAGAGUUUGUUCCUCCAAAGGAUUUUACUAGAUUAACACCCACUCAUUUAGGUGCAUUUAUAUUAUCUCACAGUAAAAAAAUAAUGAACGAUUUCAUUCACGUAAUAGAUGGAUUUUAUAAGCCGGAAAUAUCCUAUACAGAUAGUUUAUACAUUUCGUCUAGAGAUUGGGAUAAAUUAAAUGAAGCUGGGUUGGUGUCUGAAAACGAAUAUAGCAAAGGGAAGAAUGAUUACGGUGAUGGUGGAAUCAUAUUUGGUUUAUAUUUAGCGCCAAAAGUAAAAUACAAUAUCAUUCUAACUUCCGAUGGUGUUUUAAAAGAAAAGAAAACGUUUAAGGGUUACUCUAACUAUAAGAUUAAGGUAGAAGACUACAUUCAAUUAGCUAGUGGACAUGACGUAACGAAUGAAUUUGAUAAACCUUGGGUAAAAAGUUUUACUGAUGGAAUAGUUAUUCCCAUUGAAAAACAAAAGAAAGUUUUCAGAAGUUAUCUAAAUCUCGUUAAGAGAAAAGCACCAAACGGUGAAGGAAUUAUGUAUCCUUACAACAAUAAAGAUGAGAUGUGUUUGGAUGAUGAUUAUGUAUUUGAUGAUUUUGAUUAUUUUACAAAUGAAUCUAUCAGAAUGAAUCUAAUGAUGAUCCAUCAGAAUGAAUUUAGUUUUUUUUGUUUUAAAUGA